AUGGCCGAAUCCGCGGCACACCUCCCACCCCUCCUGACGCCCACCGAAAUCGCCGCGUUCUCGACAUCCCUCGGCCUCCCAAAACCGACUCAAUCAGAGGCCCUGACGGUGACGGCGGCCUUCCACAGCAUCUACCUCCUCCACUUCCCACCCUCGGCCGCCGCGCACCUCGCACCGGCACGGCCCAACGGAGACGGCACAACGACGCUCGUCUUGCGCGUAGCGGGACCCCACCUCCCGCGCAUCAAGACGGAAAACGAAGUCGCCGUGAUGCGCUGGGUGCGAGAACACACCUCCGUGCCGGUGCCCGCCGUGCUGCGGUGGGAUGCCUCGUCCGACAACGCCCUGGGGUACGAGUUUACGUUGCUGGAGAGGGUCCCCGGUUCGAGCGCGGAAAAGGUGUUUUGGGGGCUGGGCGAGAGUGCGCGGAGGCGGCUUGUCGAGCAGCUCGUCGGGUUCCUCGCGGAGUUGUGGGAGAGGUCCGAGGGCGUGUGGAGGCAUGUUGGCGGGUUGAGGGUCGGCGAGGGAGGCGAGGUCGUGCCGGGCCCGGUUGUGGACGAGUGGUUUUGGAUGGAGCCUGAGAUUAAACGUUAUUGGGGUGGUCUUACCGGGGGCGGCGAGGGCCUGGACGCCGCCGGGGGGGAGACGCCGGAGACGUUGAAUCCUGUCGGGGGUGCGUUUUCGAGUUGGGCGGAGCAUCUUGAUGUGAGCGUCGAGAAGUACGUCUACGCGAUUGGCAGGCACCCGCUGCUGGAGUGGAUGAGGGAUCUCGUGCCGAGGUUGGAGGCGUAUCGCGAGUAUGUUCGGGUUCAUGCGGGCGAGGUGGACGAUACGAGGUACGUCCUCGCGCACCGGGACUUGCAUCUUGCCAAUGUCAUGGUUGAUGGGGAGGGAACGGUGACGGGCAUUCUGGAUUGGGAGUUUGGUGGGGUGGUGCCGGGGCCGAGGUGGGAUCCGCCCAACGCAUUUCUGUAUCCUUGGGGUGGAGGCAAGGACGAACAGGUGGAGAAGGCGGAGAGGGACCUGAUGAGGGGGUGGGCAAGAGAGAUUUGUCGCGAGAAGGGGAUCGAGGUUGAGGUUGUCGCGGGGUGGCCGUAUCGGGGCAUUCAGGAGACGGUGCAGAGGGUUGUAAACUUUACGAGGGCGAUCUGUGAGGCUUCUCCCAAAGGUCAAGGGGAUAAGGCGAGGGCGUGGCGGGUGAGUUUGGAGAGCGAGUUGGCGAAGCUGGGCCUGUAA